AUGUUCAAGUUAUGUUAUCAGGCUUUUUUAAAAUUUAUUGAAAUUUGUGCUAUAGUGUUAGACAAAAUAUUACCAUUAAUUAGCAAACUGUUGAAUGAUUCGAACCGUCAAAUUCAACAACAAACAGAUGACACACUUAUUGAAAUCUAUCGACGUUUCGGUGAAAAUGUUUGGACGUGUAUUUCUAAAGACAAUGUACCAGGAGCUCGGUAAAAUAAUUGCUUGUCAUAUCAAAUACAAUAGCAAUUUUAAUUCUUAAACUUGAUCCACAAUACGCUAAAAAUCGUUUCAUACCGAGUUGUUGAGGAUCAUUUCCUUUAACCCAAAAGUCGGUAUCGUCUUUUUAAGAUAAGUAGUUGCGAAUAAAUCCACACCCAACCAACAUACCGAAAUUAAGCGAAAAAGAACCAUAUCGCUUGACACACUACGUCUAAUAGAACCUACGAAACACCCAAAUUUGGUUGCCAAAUUCCUACGAAUACAUUAAAAUAUAUGUUGGAAUGUUCCUGUUUAAUCAAUCCUGAUGAUUCAUAUUGAUACAUUUUAAGGCACGGUUUUGAUUAUUUUUAGACUGAAAAUUUUCUAUGAAAAAUUUGAUGUAUAUCACUUGAGUUACUCACUCUCAUGGGUACUCAACACUCCGCAACACUCGGUGUUAUCAUACACACCCUUAAUUUCUCACAAUUAUUUUCACCGUUAGCAAAUUUAUAGUCAUUUGGAUAGUUAGAUAAGCUAUUUUUAGGUCUCGUAUUUGGUUAUAUACUUCGCCUGCCGUUAGAGGAUUUUAUUGCUGAUGAUUUUUAGGAGUUGUCUUUAAUGAGACAAUCUUUAGCCAGGAUGAAGGGUGUUCCCAAGUGGUCCUGAUUUUCCUCAUAUAAGUAAGCAGUAGAUUCUAUUUAGUCAGCGGGGUAUAGUAACUAUUUGGUGGAUUAUUAUUUCGUCGUCACGUCUAAAACGAGACUAAUAACAUUGGAGAUUAUCGCCAUCUAGGCCGUAUAUCCGUUAGUCUCUUUUAUUCAAAAUUCGUUGUAUGUUUUUUUGUCUUUUUUCUAAAAGGAGACGAUUCAUUGUAUUGCGGUUGCACAUUUCACGAUGUAGUCAAAACGAGGGUAUGGACUUUAGUCUCCCUCUUCUUUGAGAAAUAAUUUAGUCGUAUGAAUGUGCAUAAAUUUGAAAUAGAGAAGAUGAAUCGGUCUAGCAGAAUAGCCAAAAGAAACAAAAAGUCGUAUAUUCGAAGAAAGACGAUCCAGGUUAUAUAUGUGCACAUUUCACUUAGUUAAAGAAGAAUUUUCUUUCUUCGAGGGCGAAAAGUUUUUGCCAUGUGAAUGUGUAUAUAUAGUAAAUGAAAUGGAUCAGUUUUAUUUAGUUUGAUAAAACAUACAAGUAUGUACAUCAGAGCAGCGUCUUCUUAUUUCGGUUGAUUUUUAUCUUUAUUUUCUGCUUAUUGUUUCAUAAGCCACCUGACGAGACCCUUUGGCAAAGGUCGAAACCGGUAGUGGUAUGCCACCUUUUUCUUCUAAAUUUCGGUUUCUUUCCGCUGUGUUUCAAUUUCUGAAUGACUAUUUACUAACGUAGGGUCCAAAAGCCAUUCUAUUUUAAAAUAGUCAUUUUUUAUUUCAUUUAUUAUAUUGCCGAUGGUGAUUAUAUCACUUGAGUUACUCACUCUCAUGGGUACUCAACAUUCCGCAGCACUCGGUAUUAUCAUACACACCCUUAAUUUCUCCACGUUCUGCAUACGUGAAAAGAGAUAUCUCCUUCUUUGUCGGUUAUCCAAGAAGUAAAAUCCUUUAACUUUUGCCCAGAGUCAGUAUUCCUAAAUUUUCUUUUACAAGCAAGUCGAUUCUGCUUUGUCCUUUCAGCUAUGCCUCUUUUGCAAUCAAAACGAGUCAGUAAAUCUUAAGUCAAUCAAAACAGAAAAAGAUUAUUGCGGUUGAUGUGCCAUCGCCGAACAAAGAUAGGAAACAAAAUGACAUGACCACAUGUUGUUCAGUGUUACAGGGCACACCAUUAGAUUCGUGCAAAUCUGACAAUAAUGUGGGCAUUUUCACAGAAACAGCAGUAAUCAGCUCAACUAUUCCAUUAGCUGCUCGUCCACCAAAUGUGAUCAGACACGAUGUAUUUAACAUGACGGAUUCGCAUGAGUUGCCUAAUUCGAAUUCGAAUAUAAUUCAAGCAACAAAAGUCUAAUCCUACUUCGAAAAUAAGCGGUCCGAAUUCGAACUGACACUUUACUGUAAAACUUUAGAGAUAAAACAUUUUCUAUGAUCAUUCAAAUUCAGACCGAUACUUUACUGUACAAGUUUAGAAAAAGAAAAUUUUUUUAUGAUCAUUCGAAUUCGAAUUGUGAUGAAAACCAUCUUUCUCUAACGAUAUCCAAGGACAAUUGAAAGACCUUGAGAGACCAGUAAAGUACCAGUCCCAAAUCGAAUGAUCAUAGAAAAUUUAAUUUUUUUCAAACGUUUACAGUAAAAUGUCAACGACUUUGACUUUUGUGCGAAAAACGGUUUCGAAAACGAAGGAGGAAGUAUUGUUUGUUCCUUUGGACGAUCGAUGAGAUUGAGGGUUGAGAGCGUGCUUCAGGGGUGUAACCGGUAUCAAAAAUGCGAUACCGGUACCGGUCACCGGUAUAUAAACUUCGCACCGGUACCGGCUUGUCUUGAUCGUUUUUUGCAUAAAUACAAACACUUUUUCCUUGUUUAUAGAAUAUGUCUUAGAUGAACUGAAUUUACACGAUAUUUUUCGCCAAACCGUAUCUUAUCGCAGAAUACCAGUAAUGUCGACCGAUUGAUUAUACUUCAUACUAAUACCGGUAUACCGGUCACCGUUAUAAGUCAUACCGAUAUCGGUAUAUCGGUCUGCCUUAUAAUUCAUACCGGUACCGGUUGCACCUCUGGCGCACUUAACCUUGACUUUGAGAGAUUUGAUCAUUGCAAUGAUUCAGUAAAUAUUCUUACGUUCAACUAGCAGAACUUCCCACCAUGAUCAAUGAUCAAUUAUAGAUAGAAUAAAGUCAUCUUGUUUUUCUCGAUGUUUUGGGUACCUUGAAACAUAUUGUAUAUCGCAUAUUGUAUAUCGCAAUAUUGUUCGCCGAGAAAACGUUGAUAAACGUAAAUAAUAUUUGAAUAAUAUUUUUUCAAUAUAUUUUUUAAAAUCCCUGCAACAAUUUGAAAACUUGAAAAUCAGAUGGCCGACCGACAUUCGUUUUUUCAGUUUUUUGAGGUUUUGGCAUCAAUACUUCAUUCUAAAACAAAAAUAAGAUAAUAUUCAGGA